UAGCCUUUCUCGUCUGUUUGGCAACUUCCCUUUGAAGUUUGAACAAUCGAGGUCCGAUUCAAACACUGAAACCCUAAUCGGAGAGAGAGAGAGAGAGUAGAACUAUAGAAGGAUGAAAGGAGGGAGGAAGAACUUGAAGAGGGCAGUGAAGGAGCAGAAGUUGAUGGUUCAAGAAGGCCAAAGCAUCAUGCAGGUGAUCUCUCUUAGAGGUUCCAAUCUGAUCGAAACUCUGUUUGAUCAGGUAAUGGAUGGACAAGGAGAUAAAUCAUUAGCACUGUUUCCAGCUAAGUUUCAGAAGAGCAUGUGGAUUAAGCGAGGUAGUUUUGUUGUGGUCGAUGAAAGUGGAAAGGAAAAGGCUCUAGAAUCAGGUAGCAAGGUUGCAUGUAUGGUUGUACAAGUUCUAUUUCACGAGCAAGUUCGGGUGCUUCAGAAGUCUCCAGAAUGGCCAGAAAGUUUCAAAUCCACCAACUUGGAGGAUCCCAAUGGAAGCUUAGGAAGACAGACUUCUCAGCAGUACAAAACUGAGCCUAAUUCGAGUAACAACGACGUGGACGAGGACGAGGAUGGGCUCCCUCCAUUAGAAGCAAAUACAAACAGGGUAAGACCAAUUGAGUUGCAAACAGAUGAAGACUCAAGCUCAGGAUCAGAUACAGAUUCUUAAAUUAUGAACACACCCCUCAUUGGAUUUUUUUUUUUGUAGGAUUUUGUAUGAGGAUAUUGAUUAAUUAUUUGAUUACGUUCAACUUCAAAGUA